GAGGUUUCCCUGUGCUACUUCGGGCAUUUCGUUUGAUUCGCACUCCUGUGUGUGCUUUUCGUUUAUCUACGGUGUGAUCUGAAGAAUACUGACUGGUUUCUUUGAGAAGUUAGCGGCUUACUGAGGAUUAAGGUACUAGUAUGUGGAUUUGGGUUUUUAGAAGCCUUUUUGCCCCUUUCUGGUUGGUCUGCGAUGUUUCUGUUCGUUUGUUCAGGUUGCUUCAGAGUGUCGUAGCCUGUAGAAUUGGCUUUGAUGCGGAGAAACUGCGAGCUUAGUUUCAGUUGCAGGAUUCCAGUUUUUUGUUUCACGGUUUAGUAAAAUAUGAUUAGAGUUAGUUCGUAAUUGGUAGAAGUUUCAGUUUUCGAGAAGAAAUUGUAAAAAGAGGCGGCUUUGUAGAUGUUUUUGUUGAUUUUGUGCGUGCGGUCCAUUUGUAUUGGGCAAUCAUACGCCUUUUCUUUCUGGCAUUGUCCCCAUUGGAGCCUCUACUCUCUGGGAGGAGACAGAUUUCCGUGAAAAGUUGUAAUUUUUUCAGAUUUCCCCUAGUGUGGACGAUGAUUACGUUUAUUUGUGGGAAAGAUGGUAGAAUACUUUUGCAAUCGGGUACUUUUGCAGCGCCACUUUUGCAGAUUUGGAGGUUGCGUAGUUACCACGUGGAUUUUCAAUGACAACCUUAGCUUCAGUGGCCUUCCCAGUUCUAAAUUUUAAAGCUUUGUUAACAGUGGAUAUUAAAAGGUAGCACAAUGAAGGCACCAUCUCUACUGGUUCAGUGUUUCCCUGGCUUGCUUCCCAGCAAGACCACUAGUUGUGUGCCAAUUGUAUCUGAGAAGGAUCUGCAGCUACCAUCACCAGCUGUUGAAAUUAUCCCCUCAAAGAGUGCCCAUCCUUAUAAAUAUGCUGGUGAGAAGGUUGAUGUGCAAGGUCUUGAUAUCUUCAAGGGGAAGGUUAGUGUAGCGGAUAUGAUAGCCUUUUCACCUUCUGAAGUAGCAUCAACAAAAUAUGAUGGAACUCUGAAAUAUUGGGAGAGUUCAAUCACUCUUGUCAACAUUCUUAAAAACGAGAUCCGUGAUGGACAGUUGAGCUUCAGGGGGAAGCGGGUUCUAGAGCUCGGAUGUGGAUCUGGUCUGUCGGGCAUUUUUGCCUGCUUGAAGGGUGCAUCCACAGUGCACUUUCAGGACAUAAAUGCAGAAACUAUACGGUGCAGAACAAUACCCAAUGUUCUUGCAAAUCUUGAGCAAGCACGGGACAGACAGAACAGACCAUCAGAGAGCCCCGUUACACCAUCUAGGCAACUGUUGGCUCCCAAUGUGCAUUUCUAUGCUGGGGAGUGGGAUGAACUCCCUACAAUUCUCUCAGUUGUGCAGGCACCCGCAGCACCGACAAACCUUAGCUUCUCUGAGGAUGAUUUUAUGGAUGGCUGCAGUAGUCAUGAUGGGAGCAGUGUAGUUGGUCAUGACUACUGCCCCAGGCAAUCUAGGAAGCUUUCUGGUAGCCGUGCAUGGGAGAGGGCUAGUGAGAUUGACCAAGCAGAUGGCGGUUAUGAUGUAAUUUUGAUUUCUGAUGUCCCCUAUGCUGUGAACUCUCUGAAGAAGCUCUAUGCCCUUAUUUCAAAGUGCCUACGUCCUCCAUAUGGAGUCUUGUACGUGGCCUCAAAGAAGAACUUGGUUGGUUCCAAUGGUGGCGCGAGGCAACUUCGAGCUCUGAUGGAAGAGGAAGGUGUGCUUGGUGGCCACUUCUUAACUGAGUUGUCCGACAGGGAGAUAUGGAAGUUCUUUUUCAAGUGAGCAAAUCCAGAAAGUGGAAGGAGGAAAUACUUUUAAGACAAUUUUUUUGUUUCUAUUCACAGCAAUGUACAUAUGGCAAAGCAUAGUUCCAUUAAUUCUUUUGUAGUAGAUUGAAAGAAUUUGGAAAAAAAAAUGUGUAGUUGAGCUUGCUCAAGUGUCGGAAACUUUCAUGUUUUGUAGAUCUGUAAUGUCGUUAUAUUAAGUGCAGAAAGCAACUGUAUGUCUGUAGUGACUUUCUGUAUACCGGAUAUAUGAUGGUGAUUCAGUCAAAUCAUAUAUUAGAUUUAAUUUUUCACAAA